AUCAUCCACUCUCUUUAUUGCUUAAAUUAGCGACACAGCACAACUAUCUCUAAGAAUGACAAAAUGGACAAAUCUACACUUCCAGAUAUGCUUUUCCUGGUUGUACCAAUUUUAAUCCUAUCUAAUUCUGUAGCUGCAAAUCCUCUAUUCACAGAUUGUUCACAUGGUACAACUGCAGAAAACUAUACUCUCAACAGCCCAUUUGAAAAUAACCUCAAGCUUCUUUUUCAGAACUUAACUUCUAUGACUCCCUUAACAGGCUUCUACAACACUUCUAUUGGAGAAAGCCCUGAUAGAGUUCAUGGGCAAGCACUUUGCAGAGGAGAUAUUCAUGCCACAGCUUGCCGAACUUGCAUCGAGAACGCAGUUCAAGAACUUGUAAAGAUUUGCAAGAGUAAAGAUGCAAUCAUAUGGUAUGAAUCGUGUCAAGUUCGAUACUCUUUACGAAUGUUCUUCUCGAUGCAAGUUUACACUGGGAAAUAUGUUGAUUGGGAAACUCAGAAAAAGAUGAUAUCGAACCCAGUUCAUUUUUAUGAUGUUUUGAAGUAUUUAUUGAAUAACAUCUCGAAUAAGGCCGCAUUUAGUCCUUCAGAGAAGAUGUUUGCUACCGGAGAAGUGAAAUACUCGCAGAAGGACACAAUAUAUGGUCUUGUUCAAUGCACUAGAGACAUCGAAGGAGAUGAUUGCCGUAGUUGUUUGGAUCAAGCUUUUGGAGAUCUUUGUGGUUGCUGCUAUUCUAGACAAGGUGGGAUUAUUGUUAGCAGGAAUUGCAACGUGAGGUAUGAGCUGUACAGCUUCUACAAUUCAUCAAGAAAUCUACUAACGUACCCCACUCCGAACGGGGAUAAAUGGAAGGCUUGGAUGAUUGCUCUUGCUCUGUGCAUACCAACUGUAGUAAUUGCAGUUCUCAUUGGAUCUUGCAUUUUCUUUCACUGUCGGAAAGGAGGACAGGAAGAAGAAGAUGAGAAGAAAAGCCAGCUUGCAUUAUUACAGGAUCUGGCAAGCCCUAAAGGUAUGUCAAUGACAGGAGCAAAUGAUUUGGUGAGUUCGGAGGGACUAAUUUUCUUGGAUCUAACUACUAUAAGGGCAGCUACAGACAAUUUUUCUUAUUCGAAUAAGCUUGGGCAAGGUAGUUUUGGCACUGUGUUCAAGGGUGCUUUACCCGAUGGAAAGGAAAUAGCCGUUAAAAGGUUGUCAAGGAAGUCAUGGCAAGGCUUAGAGGAGUUCAAGAAUGAAAUCAUAUUAAUCGCAAAACUUCAACACAGGAACCUGGUCAGGCUCUUGGGAUGUGGCAUAGAAGGAGAGGAGAAGCUGCUAGUUUAUGAGUUCAUGCCCAACAAAAGUCUUGAUCUCUUUAUUUUUGAUUCUGAAAGGCGCAAACAACUUGAUUGGAAGACAUGCUACAACAUAAUAUGUGGAAUUGCUAAAGGACUUCUUUAUCUACACGAGGAUUCCAGACUUAAAAUCAUCCACAGGGACCUUAAGCCUAGCAAUGUAUUAUUAGACAAUGAAAUGGUUGCCAAGAUUUCAGAUUUUGGAAUGGCAAGAAUUUUUGGCGAAGACCAGCAUACAGCUAAUACUAGACGAGUUGUAGGAACAUAUGGAUAUAUGUCUCCAGAGUAUGCAAUGGAGGGGCUAUUCUCUGUAAAAUCAGACGUUUUCAGCUUUGGUGUUAUGAUGCUAGAGAUCAUAAGUGGGAAGAAAAAUAAUGGCUUUUACAUUACAGAGCUCGCCCCUACGCUCUUAGUAUAUGUAUGUAUAACUUUCCCUCAAUGGAAAUUUCCAUUUCAAGCAAGUAAUUCAAAUUCUUCAUUGUAUUUACAGGUAUGGCAACUGAGGAAUGAAGGAAAAGAACUGGAAUUUAUAGAUCCUUUAUUGAUAGAAAAAGUUCCAAUAGCAGAAGUUGUGAGGUGUAUACAUAUUGGACUUUUAUGUGUACAGGAAGAUCCAGAAGAUAGACCCACCAUGUCAUCGGUAGUAUUAUUAUUGGGAAGUGAACCAAAUGCUCUUCCUGAGCCAAAACAGCCUGCAUUUUCAGUGGGUAGAAUGUUUUCAAUUGAUAGGCCUUCAACAACUGUUCCUUCUGUAAAUCAGAUCAUAGAUUCUAUUAUCUUACCAAGGUGAAUCUUGAUUAGAUCAACUAUUCGUUUGUGUAUUCUGGAUCAAUAACACAAAAAUUUUUCUUC